AUGGAGUUCAAAGCCUUUGACAUCGUCCUUCAAACCAUCAUACCAUCGAACCGGAGAGGCCAUUUGGAGAAUGUUAUAUUUGUGCACCAAGAUGAAGCCAAUUGGCCUUUGCCAGAUCCAUCCACAUUGAAGGAAAAGAUUAAGUUUGCUGAUAUGAGGUUUUGUGCUUCUAGGUUCGGGAGAGUAUUUCUCAAGAUCAAGAAAAAACAUAAUUGCUGGAGAAGUCGGAUGCAGGAGUUGGGACAGAAGCAUGCAAGACGUGAUGCUAAAAUGCAUUACAGUGAAGUGAACCAUCAACGAAAGAUUUGCGGAAACCAGAUAUUGAUGAAGACUGCUGUAAGAAGCACUUCCUUUAGGCAGCAGCAGUAG